CCGGGUGACGUCAUGACGCAGCGAACGGAAGCGGCGAGUACUAAGGACAGAAGUUAAGGAGAACCAGAACCGGUCUGCUCCGCUGUCCAGUUUGAAGUUCCGGUCCGGUUCUGACUUCAGGUCUUCGGUGGAACCGCAGUAGCCCGGAUCAGCUUCAGUGCCUUCAGGACUCCAGCGGCCGUCUCUCCUCUCAAUCAUGGACCACAUGAACCACACCCCCAUGGGGGCCGACCCCACCCACGGCCACCAUCACACCGAGGCCCACCCCACCACCGCCCACAACCACGGAGGAGGGGACUCUGGCGGGGGCCACAUGGGCAUGUCCAUGACCUUCAACCUGGACUGCCACAACGUGCCGCUGCUGUUCGAAGGGCUGCUCAUCAACUCACCUGGAGAGAUGGUGGCGGCCUGCAUCGGCGUGUUCCUGCUGGCGGCGCUGUACGAGGGCCUGAAGAUCGGCCGCGAGGUGCUGCUGCGCCGCAGCCAGGUCAACGUGCGCUACAACUCCAUGCCGGUACCGGGGGCUGAUGGGACGGUUCUGAUGGAGACCCACAAGACGGUCGGGUAUGGCGCUGCUCGCACAUGCAGGAUGGGGGCGGAGCCAACAGGGACCAAUCCACUGUCUGCUUUAAAACGAUUUGGAGCUGAAGCAGCGGAUGCUAAGCCCCGCCCACUUCCUCCAGACGCUGCUGCACAUCAUCCAGGUGGUGGUCAGCUACUUCCUGAUGCUCAUCUUCAUGACCUACAACGGCUACCUCUGCAUCGCCGUGGCAGCCGGCGCCGGCAUGGGCUACUUCCUGUUCAGCUGGAGAAAGGCGGUGGUGGUCGACAUCACGGAGCACUGCCAUUAGCCGCCAUGCUAGUUAGCCUCACAACUCUAACGCCUGUUAGCGGUUUGCUAGCAGGAACAAAAGCUAAUUACCCGUAAAUGACGAAAUCCCAGAAGGUGGCGCCGCUGGCCGGCUGGAAGAGCCGCAGUUUAGUCUUGCGGUGGACGAGCCGGCCAAUGAGAAGGCAGAUCCCCAGCAGCCAAACCUCCUCCUCUCUCCUUUAGUGCCAUGACCAUGCUGGUAUGUGUAGCUCCUCCCCCUCAGUAGCCCACCAGGAGCCUCAUUGGCUGACAGGUGAAGCUGUUUUUAGUUUGAUUCGUUUCCUGUUUACACUUGUUUAGUGAAUUACGUCUUUAUUUAAAUGUACUCAAAGAUUCUUCCUGUGUCUGUGGACGAAUCGACCAAUCAGAGCACAGCCAUGUGAUCCUCCCGUACACCUCUCAGGUAAUGCUGGUCGCUGGCCGCCGUGGGCCUUAACUCCUCCGUCUGCUGCCUUACUGAGCAAGCAUCUGCUGUCGUCGUGGAGACGGAGGCCGCUCAGCUCCAGCCAAUGACACGUCAGUUAGAGGGGAGGUCCUCUCAUUAUUGAGGUGGGCGGGCCUUAUCUUCUGGACCAAUGAGGCCGCUCCGACAGAUGAAGUCAUGCCUGUGAUUGUUGUGAAGGAAUCGGUUUUAUCAAAGUGUUUUAUGUCGACAUGCUGGAAUCAGAAUAAAGUUCUCGUCUUCUGAG